CAACUCUCUCUGUCUCUCUCUCAUACAUCAAAACUGUGGUCCAAUUUUCCUCUUUCUUCAUUCUUGACACAAGUAAACUGAUACAUUAGUGUUCAAUGGAGAACGAGCCAGAAUUGCCUCCUCCUAAAAGCCCAAUUCAAUCAUCAGAGAUGAUGAACUUCUCCGAGUGCAUAACACCACCACCACCUCCACUCCAACACAAGGAUGAAAAUUCUCAAAACUCCGGCAACGAUUUACGCAAACCCACCACCCCAGAUCGCCUUAAAGUCCCCAAGGCAUUCAAGUACCCAGAAAGGUACACAAGCCCAACUGAUCUGAUGAUGUCCCCUGUAACAAAAGGCCUUCUUGCCAGAAACAGAAAGGGUGGUGCCCUCUUGCCACCUAGCAAAAAUCUACACAAGCCCCAAGAUUCAGGAUUUGCAGCUGUGGGAUGUGGUCCUGCUUCAGAAUUGAAUUUUGGGUCCAAUAAAUGAAGACUCUUGAGGCACCUUUUGGGACUUCUCCAACAGCUUUUUAUUUCUUUCUUUCUUUGAGUUUUCACUGUUUCAGGGUUAAUGACAUUUGGUACUGUGUGAUUUUUGUCUGUAUUUUAAUAUAUUUGGAUAGAAAUGUGAAUGAAAUAAUGAGAUUCUUCAGCA